AUGCAUACAGAUGCAGAUGUAGAACUUAAACCACUUCCACAAUUUUUUUUUUGGUCUACAUGUGAUCGAUGCAAGGGUGCUUCCUAGGUGACAUUGACACCCUUGGCAUUGACAAAUUGUGCAUCCAUGUACAUGCGUUAGCUCCUGCGUUUGUUCUAUAAAUACGAGCCCAUCUGCAUCCAUUGCUCUGCACAAGGUAGAAGAGAGCUGAGAGCCUAAGUAGAAGUACUAAAGUAGUAGCAGCAGCAGAGAGCUCGGUUUGCUAGUGUUUCGCCGGCGGCCGCAGAGAGGAGGACGAGGACGACGAGAAGCGAGAAGCGAGCGAGAAUGUACAACGCGCCGCCGCCGCAGGACAUGUCCUACUACGACCACUGCCAGAAGCGCCACGAGCAGAAGGGCUGCCUCUACGCCUGCAUCUUCACGGCGCUGUGCUGCUUCUGCUGCCACGAGACCUGCGAGUGCUGCCCCGACUGCCUCUGCUGUUGCUGCAACUAG